ACUUACUUCAUUACUGAUUCCUUUUGUUUGCAAAACUUUAUUUUUGUUCAUUUUUAUUAAAAAUGUAAUUUAAGUAAUUUCUUUAUUUCAAACUGUUUUUUCAGUCCAAAGGAUCAUAUUAAGACUUAAGACGUGUUCAGAAUCAUUAAAAAGAUGUCCAAUAACUCUCCUGACGAUUCCCGUGAAUCUUUAUAUUUAAGUAUAAAUUCAAUCUCAUCUUUGGCAAUCACAUCCGAUGAUUUCUUCAAGAACCUUGAUUUUCCUCAGGAGUUUUUGGCUUCACUUCAUCAGGCGCUCGAAUCUGGACAUUUAAUUGACACAAUAAUAGUAUCUGGUGUAGAUAAUAAGAAAAUUCCGGCCCAUAAAAUUGUUCUUUCGGUAUGUAGUCCCUUCUUCAAUGCAAUGUUUAAUUCAGAUAUGAAGGAAAACAGAGAAAAAGAAGUCACAAUUAAUGAAGUAGACGGAGAGACAUUACAGCUUUUGAUAAAUUAUUGUUAUUGUGGAUUAAUCAAUAUAAAUGAAGACAACGUCGAAAGAAUUUUAUCUACUGCAUGUCGCUUCCAGAUGUCAAAUGUUGUAAGUGCAUGCUCUAAUUUUCUUGGAAAGCAACUACACUUCUCGAAUGCUAUCGGAUUUAAAGUGUUUGCAGAGCAGCAGAGCUGUUCUGAUCUUUACGAGAUAUCCCUAAAGUUUGUCGAAAGUAAUUUCAUGGAAAUUUAUCAAAAAUCUGAAGAAUUUUUACAAUUAAGUGUCGAGCAAUUGGGCAAUUUGUUAAAAAACAAUGACAUUAAUGUGAUAUCUGAAGAAGACGUUUUCAAGGCUCUAAUUAAGUGGAUAAGUUUUACUGAUGAUCGAAAGCAAUAUAUCUCAACACUCCUUCCAUUAGUUAAGCUUCAACUUUUAUCUCCAGCUUUUAUUGCUGAUCAAGUAGAGACGUAUUGUACGACUUUAGAAACUCAAAAAAUGUUACUUGAUGCUUACAAAUAUAAGUUGAUUCCUGAAAGAAGAGACCAUUCCAAUAAUCUUUCUAUUCCUCGAAAAUCAACUGUUGGAAAGCUCCUUUGUCUGGGCGGAAUGGAUCACAAUAAAGGAACAACUAAUAUCGAAUCAUAUGAUCUGAGGGAAAACAAAUGGGAACUUUUGAAAAGCAUGCCAACUAGGAGACUCCAAUUCGGCUGUGCGCUCUACAUGGACAAGCUGAUUAUAGUUGGUGGAAGAGAUGGUUUGAAGACAUUAAACUCGGUUGAUGCCGUAGAUCUACAAACAAUGAAUUUUACAUCACUUUCAUCACCAAUGGCAACUAGUCGUCAUGGUUUGGCAGUGGCUUUAUUAAAAAAUGCACUUUACGCAAUAGGAGGACAUGAUGGUUGGUCGUAUAUAAAUACUGUGGAACGAUUAGAUUUGACUACGAAAACUUGGUCAUUUGUUGCACCGAUGCAAACAAUGAGAUCUACAUGUGGCGUGGCUGUUUAUGACGAGAAACUUUAUGUUAUCGGAGGACGAGAAUCUUCAAUUUGCCAUCGAACUGUUGAAUGUUAUGAUCCACACUUGAAUAAGUUUUCAUUUAAGGCACCAAUGAAUCGUCGGAGAGGAGGAGUUGCUGCAUGUGCACACAGGAAUUUUAUUUAUGUAUUCGGAGGUUACGAUCUUCCAGUUUCUAAUCCUCAGUGCCAACGAACCAAUUCUAUUGAAAGAUAUGACCCAAUUACUGAUACUUGGACAUUAAUUGCUAAUCUCGAAGUAGGACGUGAUUCAAUUGGCGUUGGAGUUUUAGGAAAUUACAUUUUAGCCGUUGGUGGAUUUAAUGGAACGGAAUAUUCAAAAUCUGUUGAACGAUAUGAUCCUGAAAAGAAUCAAAUAGAAGCACUGAAGCCUUUAAAUUUUCCGAGAGCAGGAUCAUGUAUUGUAAAAAUCAGAAAUGAUCAACUUUCUGGAUGUAGCAAUGAAAGCUUUUUCAGCAUACAACAACAAUCUGUAACAACAAUAAGAAGAACUUCGAGUUUUAGAAACGCACAAUUAAACUCAUCAUUUUAUGACUAUAGUGUUUGAUGCACUCAACGAUUGUGAUUUUGUGGAUAUUUUUAUAUGACAUUUAAAAAAAAAACUUUAUAAUUAUUGACCUGAAUAGACGAAAAAAAAAAUCCUACUUUUUUAUAUUUUUUAAAAUUUAAAUAAUGCACUAAAUAAAUUAAUUUGAUUUGAAACCUUUUAAAAGCAUUCAAAUUUGUUUUCAGCACUAAUUGUUUCACUUUGACUGGAUGAUACUUUCGAAAAAGUCUAAAUUGUUGUUCUUAAGGGCAAUAUAAAUUUUACGACAAGGGUAGUCUGAAAAAUUUUUGCUCCACAUUUGAACAAAUUAUCUCUGCUAAAGUUUUCUUAAAUGCUGAGUGCGUGAUUGCAUUAUGCGUUUUUAUAAACUUUCUUAAAUUGUGAAGCAUGUAAUUUUACACAAAAGUUAAAACUCUUUCACAAUUCUUGAUUCCAACUAUGUUUUUGUCAUUAGGAAAGAUUGUAAAGCUAUUCCAAG